AUGAAUACUGCCGCUAACAUUCGUGCGCUACGCGUGCGGCCAUCAAUACCACGCUGCCGCCCAUGCCAUCGCGCGUUCCAGCACCCCACAAGAUAUGCUACGACAGCCACUGAAGCCACGACCAACGUUCGAUCGACUGGUACCCGCACCAAGAACCUCAUAUACGGCACUCUUCUGACGCUUGGUGGCACUUUCGGCUACCUAUAUGCCACCGACACACGCGCAAGCAUCCACGAAUGGCUCGUUGUCCCUGCUCUAAGACAGAUAUAUCCAGAUGGCGAAGAAGCGCAUCACGCUGGAACGCAUAUGCUCAAGGUGCUGCACAGCUUCGGCUUGAACCCCAGAGAACGCGGCGUGGCUGACUCGCGGGGCGAUUUGGCUGUCGAAGUUUUUGGGCACACAUUGAACAACCCGAUCGGAACAUCUGCUGGCAUUGACAAGGGCGCUGAAAUACCAACACCGCUAUUUGAACUCGGAGCGGGAGUGGUAGAGGUCGGUGCCGUCACACUACUGCCGCAAGAAGGCAACCCGAAACCACGCGUCUUCAGAAUACCCAGCCAGAACGCUCUCAUUAACCGCUAUGGAUUCAACUCCGAAGGCGCUGAGCUGGUCGCUUCGAGAUUACGACACCGUGUCAGGGAGUUUGCCUACCACGCUGGGCUUGGCAUAGGCGAGGACGCAGAACGCCAGAUCCUCGAUGGCGAAGCUGGUGUUCCACCGGGAUCGCUGCUAAAGGGGCGUCUUAUGGCUGUACAGGUUGCGAAGAACAAGACGACAUCCGAGAAUGAUAUCGAUGCUGUAGUGCGCGAUUAUGCGACCGCCGUGGGCCAUGUUGGGAAGUAUGCUGACAUCCUGGUGGUCAAUGUCUCCUCACCUAACACGCCUGGCCUUCGCACUCUCCAGAACGUCGAACCUUUGACACGGCUACUCUCUGGAGUAGUAGGAGCAGUCAAGAAAAUUGACCGCAAGACAAAGCCGGUUGUUAUGGUAAAAGUCAGCCCCGAUGAGGAUACGGAAGAGCAAGUGUCAGGUAUCUGCGAGGCCGUCUGGGAUUCGGGUGUGGACGGUGUCAUUGUUGGCAACACGACGAAGAAGCGACCAGAUCCACUACCCAAGGGCUACUUACUUGCCGAAUCAGAGGCAAAGUUGCUCCUCGAACAAGGCGGAUACUCAGGACCACAAACCUUCGAGCGCACGCUUGCCCUAGUCAGCAGAUACAGGAAAGCACUCGACCAAGGCCCGAAGCACGUCGCACUGCCAUCUGAUGCACGCACCGAGAAGCCCAAAUCUGGCCAGAGCACGGGUGACGAGCCCUCUUCCAGCAUCCUAGAAAAGCUGGACCUUUCAUCAUCCUCCACCGCGUCUUCAAAAACCAAGCCAACGCUCGAUCUUGACCAACCAUCCUCAACACAACUCUCCUCCAACAUCGAUGACCUUUCCGAAUCAGCACCUACCAUCACCCUUCACUCUACACCGAAGACCGCACCUGCACCAAACGCACCACGCAAGGUUAUAUUCGCAACGGGCGGCAUCACAAACGGACGGCAAGCGAGAGAGAUCCUCGAUGCUGGAGCGAGUGUGGCACAGGUAUAUACUGCCAUGAUCUAUGGCGGAGCGGGUACUAUCAGCAGAAUCAAGCAGGAGAUGAGGGAUGACGCAAAGGAGCAAAAGACAAUCACAAAGCGGUAUUCGGCAGACGAGAGUAAGUAG